AUGCCUUCUACAGCCCCCGUCCGGUCUAAACAACCCAAAAAGGAAGAACCCAUCAGUUAUGAUAUCAACAUCCCCUACGUGGAUGUAGACAAACAAUCCAAGAUCUCAACCAAAUACCCUCAAUACCUCCCAUCCUGGGAUCCCAUUUGGUUCGAACCCCUCCAACCCUUCGAAUAUGAAGAUCCAGCCUUGCGCGUCCGCAACAAAUCCAAACCAAACCUACUUCCCCCAACCGCCAAAGUUUCCCACAUCCAGCCAAGCCUAGGAACAAUUGUCGAAAACGUCCAACUCUCCACCCUCACCGCCGCAGGAAGAGAUGAACUCGCCCUCCUAAUCACAGAGCGAAAGGUCGUCGCCUUCCCAGACCAAGACCUAAUCGAUGCGGGUCCAGACGCCCAGGAAUCCUUCAUGCGUCACUUCGGAAAACCAAACUACCAACCCGUCUCAGGAUCAAUGAAAAACCAUCCAGCUUUCCACAUCAUCCACCGCGACGGCAACAGAGACGAAAUCACCCGUUUCCUACAACAGCGCACAACAACCACCCUCUGGCACCAGGACGUCAGUUAUGAAAUCCAGCCUCCGGGCUAUGUCAUGCUCGGUCUAUUGCAGGGACCGGAGGUGGGCGGUGACACCGUCUUCGCCGCGACAGAUUUAGCCUAUAAACGUCUUUCACCGGCUGUCACUGCGUUCCUAGAUGGAUUGAAAGUUACGCAUUCGUCAGCGAAGAUGAUUGGUCAUGCUCGGUUGACAGGGGGUUUGGUUAGAAAAGAUCCUGUUGAUACGGUUCAUCCGCUUAUCCGCGUGCACCCUGUUACCGGUGAGAAGUGUAUGUUUUUGAAUGGGGAGUUUAUUACAAGGAUUCAGGGUCUCAAGGAUUCUGAGACAAAAUGGGUGUUGGAUUUCCUGAUGAAUCAUCUUGUUACCGGUCAUGAUUUCCAGGUUCGGGUUCGUUGGCAACCUAGGACUAUUGUUAUGUUUGAUAAUCGGUCGACUAUUCAUUCUGCUAUUGUUGACUACUUGGAUGAUGAUUAUGGUGCCAAGGCUCGUCAUAUCUUCCGUUUGAUUGCAUUGGCUGAAAAGCCCAUUCCUGUGUAUGAGGAUGAAGAGGAAGAGUUCGAAUAA